AUGUCGCGCCAAGUGGACUUAAAUAUAAAUAAAUUACUUGAUGGUUUGGGUUUAGACGGCGAUGACAAUACCAUAUGCGACUUUACUAUUGCUGACCAAAAUUGCGUUGCCGAGUCUCAAGGUAUUACACCUACCACUCCCUCUAAUUUCAAACCGGUACUGGGCAGCAACGUCACUUACGUUGUAGCUUGUGUGAUUAUAAACAAAUCAAAUGAAGUGCUGAUGAUGCAAGAAGCAAAAGAGAGUUGUGCAGGCAAGUGGUAUCUACCAGCAGGACGGAUGGAAAAAGGAGAAACUAUUGAGCAGGCUGCAGCCAGAGAGGUGCUCGAAGAAACAGGACUUAUAUGUACUCCAACUACAUUGUUAGUGGUUGAGACUGCUGGUGGAAUGUGGUACAGAUUUGUUUUAACAGGUGAAGUCAUAGGUGGUGAAUUAAAAACACCUGCUAGAGCAGACAAGGAAUCGCUGCAAGCUAAGUGGAUAUCUAAUCUUCAGGAAAUCUCUUUAAGAUCUAAUGAUAUUUUACAUCUCAUUGAAAAAGCACAGGCAUAUAAUAAUAGAAGUCCUGACAGUCAUUGGCAUAAAGAAAUCUUGCCUGCACCCAUUCAUCACGUCAAAGAUUUAUUGAGGUUGGUUGUGGUAAUAAAAAAGAGGAGCACUAAUAAGUUGCAUGUACUUUUAAGUGAGAAAACUGCAAUACAUUUUCCAACAUGUGAAAUAAAUCCAGGUAAAAGCAUUCAUUCAACAUUGAGGAGGUUUAUGGUUGAAAUGUUUGGGGCUGAUGUGGGCCAGCACAGGCCCCUUGGGUUAUUGAACAUAGAACAUGACCCUGUAGCUGAUGGCUGUUGCCUUACUCUACUUGUUGCAUUCAGGGCACCACUUGAAGAGGUGCCUCUCAUAGGCAAAUGUGUCUGGCAAGAGGUCUCUCCUGGUGAUGAAAGUAGAUUGCUCUCCAUUAUUACUACAAAAAAUUCUUUGGUAGAGCUUCAUGUUGUUCGUUAA